CUUUUUUUUCUUUCUUUCUUGUCUUCUGGUUUACUCAAAAGACAACAAAGUUUUGUUUUUUUGAUAUACAAAUUCUGAUCUUUGUCUUUUUUAUGUUACAUGGUGAUGAAGAAACAAUGACUACCGAAGAAAACAGAACAGUGCCGGAAAAUCUAAAGAAACAGCUUGCAGUUUCAGUUCGAAACAUUCAAUGGAGUUACGGAAUCUUCUGGUCUGUCUCUCCUUCUCAACCAGGAGUGUUGGAGUGGGGAGAUGGAUAUUACAACGGAGACAUUAAGACGAGGAAGACGAUUCAAGCAGCUGAAGUCAAAGUUGACCAGUUGGGUCUUGAGAGAAGUGAGCAGCUUAGAGAGCUUUACGAAUCUCUCUCCCUCGCUGAAUCCUCUGCUUCCGGUGGCUCUCAGGUCACUCGACGAGCUUCCGCCGCCGCACUCUCUCCGGAAGACCUCACCGACACCGAGUGGUACUAUUUAGUAUGCAUGUCUUUCGUCUUCAACAUCGGUGAAGGAAUCCCCGGAGGAGCAUUGACCAACGGUGAACCAAUAUGGCUUUGUAACGCUGAAACCGCCGAUAGCAAAGUCUUUACUCGCUCCCUUCUCGCUAAAAGUGCUUCGCUUCAGACAGUGGUUUGCUUCCCGUUUCUUGGAGGAGUCCUUGAGAUCGGCACCACCGAACAUAUUACAGAGGACUUGAAUGUGAUACAAUGCGUGAAGACGUUGUUCCUUGAAGCUCCUCCUUAUCCUACAAUAUCGACGAGAUCGGAUUAUCAAGAAGUUUUUGAUCCGUUAAGCGAUGAUAAAUACAUUCCAGUGUUUGGAACUGAAGCAUUUCCGACACCGUCCACAAGCGGGUUUGAGCAAGAACCAGAGGAUCAUGAUUCGUUCAUCAACGAUGGUGGUGCGUCUCAGGUGCAAAGCUGGCAGUUUGUGGGCGAAGAACUCAGUAACUGCGUUCACCAAUCGCUUAAUUCUAGCGAUUGUGUUUCUCAGACAUUUGUUGGACCAUCUGGGAGAGUUGCUUGCGAUCCAAGGAAGAGUACGGUUCAACGGUUAGGUCAGAUUCAAGAACAGGGUAAUCAUGUAAACAUGGACGACGAUGUCCAUUACCAAGGCGUGAUCUCGACGAUUUUCAAAACGACGCAUCAGCUAAUCCUCGGACCGCAGUUUCAAAACUUUGAUAAGAGGUCUAGCUUCACAAGGUGGAAGAGAUCAUCAUCUGUGAAAACAUUGGGAGAGACAUCGCAGAAGAUGAUAAAGAAGAUACUCUUCGAGGUUCCUCUGAUGAACAAGAAAGAAGAGUUGCUAACGGACACACCAGAGGAAACCGGGAACCAUGCGUUGUGCGAGAAGAAACGACGAGAGAAGUUGAAUGAACGGUUCAUGACAUUGAGAUCUAUCAUUCCUUCAAUUAGCAAGAUUGAUAAAGUUUCAAUUCUUGAUGAUACGAUUGAGUAUCUUCAAGAACUGCAAAAACGGGUUCAAGAAUUGGAGUCUUGCAGAGAAUCUGCGGAUACAGAGACGCGAAUGACGAUGAUGAAGAGGAAGAAACCGGAGGAUGAGGACGAAAGAGCAUCAGCGAAUUGUAUGAACAGCAAGAGGAAGGGGAGUGAUGUGAAUGUAGUAGGAGAAGAUGAACCGGUUAGUACGGGUUAUGCUGGUCUAACCGAUAACUUAAGGAUCAGUUCAGUCGGUAACGAGGUGGUUAUUGAGCUUAGAUGUGCUUGGAGAGAAGGGAUAUUGCUUGAGAUAAUGGAUGUGAUUAGUGAUCUCAACUUGGAUUCUCACUCGGUCCAGUCGUCAACCGGAGACGGUUUACUCUGCUUAACUGUCAAUUGCAAGCAUAAAGGGACAAAAAUAGCCACAAGAGGGAUGAUCCAAGAGGCACUUCAAAAGGUUGCAUGGAUAUGUUAAGAUCUCACGGUUUAUUAGAUUGAUUUUUUUUUUGUCCGGUUUGGUUAUCCAACCUUCGGUAUUUAGUGAUUCUAACCGAGUUUUUCUUUAGUAAUUUUUGAACUUCUGGAAAAUUGUUUAGAAUUCUUGUAAAACCAAACUCAUUUUGGCUCAUAACGAAGUAAUACUUAACAUA